UUCAAAACGUCAAAAUUUAACGUAAAAGUUUCAUUUGCAAUCAUUUAUUGUGAUGAAUUCGAUGAAAUUCUGGCGAAGUAUACCGCAUAAACAAACCGGUUAAGUAAUAUUAAUAUUGAAAAAAUAUUCCCAUUGUAUGUUUGUUAUAAGUAAAAUAUAAAUACAAUGUAUUUAUCCUCUAUUAGUUCACGAUUAUUACUUUAUGAUACGAUCAGUUGGGAUUUAAAAAAAACUUAUGGAUGUUAUGAUGGUGUUAUGAGAGAUAUUUCAUGGAGCGAUGAUAGUAAAUACAUAUUACAGGUAAAUUCAAUUGGUCUUAUAGAAAUAUUAAGUCCUGCAGAUCAUGAUGUUAGAAGCUUACAGCACAUUCCAAUAAAAGACACUUGGUCCGCCAGCUUUCAUAGGGAUGGUCACCGUAAUAUAGCUGUGGGAACCAAAAGUGGAAUUGUAAAAAUUUGGGACACAAAAAAUAAAACCAUUACAAAAACAUUCCCCACCCCAUCACAGCCAUCUUGUGUAAGCUUCUUAAGUUACAAUGCCAAGAACACAAGCUUAGCAGCAACAAUGUUGAAUGGUGACACUGUCAUAUAUGGCCUUGUAUCAAAUAUUCCAGUAUUAACGGUUAAGCUCACUUGUUCUAAUAGUAUUUCGGCAAUGAAGUUUCAUCAUGAAUCGAGAUCUUUAUUAGGUCUUGCAACAGAUGAAGGCCAUGUUGUUUUGAGAGAUAUAACAACAAAUAAAGACAAAGCAUUUUUUGAAAAUAUUCAUGCUUCGCCUGUAAGUGAUAUUUCAUUUUCACUCAUCAAUAAAGAUGUAAUGUUAUCGAGUGGUUAUGAUAAAAUUAUUCAAGUAUAUGAUAUAAGAUUACAUAAUGUAGUUUCCACAGUAAGAACAUCAUAUACAUUGUCAUCUCUUGCUAUAAAUGCAGACAAUCAAGUAGCUCUCGGUACUAAAAAUGGUCAUGUGCUUAUUUAUGACUUGCGGGAUUUAACUAGCCCUUUCAAAGUCUUAAAAGGGCAUGAAGAUGAAAUCAGCAAAGUGGCAUUCCAACCAACUAGGAGGAAGACUAUGUCGGCUGAACUGAGCCUUAGAGAAGAAGUUGAAAUAAAUUCUCCAUUAAAAGUGCAGUCACCUGUUCGGACAAGAACUUCUGACAUGUUUUUCGUCAAUGACACUCCUCCAAGGCAUAAUCUAGAUGUGUCUGCUUUAGGUCCAGAGAACAAAGCUGAUUCAUUUCUCGUUAUGUUAGGUCUUGAUAAAUCAAAUGUUGAGUUUGAUGAUGACCAAAACAAAUCAAAUGAGGAAAGAAAAAGCGACAAGCAUGAAUUAAGAUAUCGCCAAUUAGAUGCAGAGAAGAAUAUAAGCAAAGUAUCAACACCUCUUAAUAGCAGAACUGUUGAAAAUUUUGGAUUCCCCUCACCACUGUGUAUACCGAAUGGAGUUUCUGACGACAAGAAAGGAUCAAAUAGUAAUUUAUCGAAUAUAAAACUGAAUAAUAACAAUGUACAAAGCACAACAAGUACCAUAGAUACAAAAGCUACAGAUGAACUUAAGGAUUUUAUAAAAAUGACACUUUCAGAUGUCUCUGAUGAUAAUAGAAACUACUUUCUCCAUAUUAUGAUGGCUUUAACUAAACAAAAAUUGUAUCUUGAAAAACAAUUAUCCUGUAUGAAUCAGCAAGUCCAAAACUUGGUUCAAAACCAAAAUGCCCUUGUCGAAGCAAACAGAAAAUUAGCACUACAGAUAGAUCAGCUAAAAUUACAGAAUAACUUUUAAUGAUAUUAAUGAUUGAAUCUCAAAAUGCUUAGUGCUAUGAAUUAUGCCGUAACUAAUAUUUAAUUAAGCUUUAAAAUGAUAUUGCCUAAUAUAAUGAAAUUUACUAGUAAAUAUUAAUGCAUAUUUUAUUGUGUAUAUUUUACUAUCUCACAAGUUAUCAAAUUGUUAAUUAUAAAAAUCUGUUAGGUAUAUGAAUGUGUUAUUGUGCCAUGUUAACUAUUAAAAUAUUUGUAGUUGAAUUUCUGUUUAGACAAUAUGUCCAUAUUAUGUAACCUAGUGUUGUGACUAUUUGCA